AUGUGGUUAAAGCUUGUGACUAAAUAUUCAUUUAAUGAUUAUUCAUUCAUAUCCCACUACCUUGCCGAUUUGAUUCCAGAUCUCACCAAGCGUCUACAUGCGGCUGAAGUGGAGCUUAAAGAAACCAUUGAGGAAUUAGAGAAGACACGGCGUUUAUUAACGGUGCAGUAUCGUAUCAACCGUGACUACCAAGGUGAAGUGACGCGGCUAUCUGAUCGACUGGCGGAAGUACAGGCGGCAAUGGAUGGUCGACUCUCCGAAUAUGCCCGCCUACUUGACAUCCGAGCGGAAAGAAUUCGCCGACUAGAAGCUAAACUUCAUGAUAUAGCCUACGGAACUCGCUUAGUCAAGGUGACAUAUUUAUACGAAAUAUAUAUUUUUCUCUGGGAUCUUACUUAA